AUGCCGUUGUACCUGAAACAGAAUGGAUUGGCCACUGCGACAAUGGGCCAAGCGUCGGCAUAUAAAAGAGGGUUGAGUGCAGCUCUUAGUCAUCAGUCGAGUGCACUCCAUCGCUCCAAUUACACCUCGUACUUUUUCGUCAUGAAUGUCUUGCAUUCUAGUAUCGGCUUCUGCCUUAUCCUGAGCGCCCUCGUCGCUGUUCAGGCUGGGAUUAUUGUCAGCCAUCCCGAUGAACUGAUUGCUAGUCCCGCACAAUACGAGUUCCACUACUCUGUCCACGACAGCCACACCGGCGAUGUAAAGGACCAGUUCGAGCACCGACGUGGCGAAUACGUAACGGGGCGCUACUCCCUCAUCGAACCCGAUGGUCACCGACGCAUUGUGGACUACACCGCCGAUCCGCUGUUGGGUUUCAAUGCUCAAGUUCGUCGGGAACCGAUUUCUCGCUAUUGAAUUGGUUUUCCAGAGGAUGUGACAAAGGAUAUCACGAGCUGACCGGAUUCACGAUUUGGCUACCUUAACUAUAAGCCACCAUGAUAGAUGAAAAUGUGUAUUCAUAGAAUAAAUCGAAAGGCUGUUCAUUUAAA